AUGACGAACGCGCAAUCCCGACCCCUGGGAUUCCUCGACUUGCCUGCUGAAUUGCGACUGAUGGUGUAUGAGCUCCUGCCGAACCGUACCACUCGUACUCGAUAUGUGAAGCGCAGCAACGACGGAACAACUGAGAGCAGCUUCACCCUCAUUAAUCAUGAACCGCCGACUGCCAUUCUUACUACAUGUAAGACUGUCCACAACGAAGCCGUAGCUGUCGUCCGCAAGACCGCACAGCAGCUUCUACCUGGAGGAGUGGUCGAGCAGCCUCCUUUUGUCACUGGCACUGCACCCAAGAUCGAAACCGAAAUCUCCGCUCUGCCUAUUCUUGGUGCGCCGGAGGGAAUCAUCAAGGCAGCCCUCGCCUGGUGCUCUUGCAUUCAAGCAACCUCGUCCAGCGACUUUGAAACCUUCUUGGCUUCUCGAGGCUACGAUAUGUCCUCUCUUCUGAGAGAUUACGGAUAUUCCAUGGACAAUGGCACAUUCGAAGAGGGAGUCUUUCGUCUACUCUACUUCAUCCGCAAGGCUGGGUACGUGCUUCACCUUCGCCGCACCGACCCAUCUUUGAGUGGCUUCGUUUUCCAGCACGGCUACCAAAACCUAUUCGAAGCCCACCCGUCUCGCACUUUUCAAGUCGCCGUUGCGAAGGGCGCCGAAACCGAAGGCUACGAUGAAGACCAGGAAGCGGUCACAGAGUUUGGUAGAGCGUUCGGCUUAUGUGAUCGCACACGCGACAUUCGCAUCAGGAUCCACACCCUUACCUCCGCAGGAAAAAAGACUAGUGUAUCGGUCCGUGCAGCUGAAUCAUUUGUCGAGCAUCAGCUCCAUAGUGGCCCUGAGCAUGGGUCCGCUAUUGCGAUGGGUCGUUUUCUCUUCGACAAGUACUGUGAAGAAGAUUACAACAGUUUCUGGGGCGAGGGCGAGUGGAAGUUCUGA